AUGGAUAUGCAUGAGGUCGCUUCAAAAGUACAAACUCUAGUAGCGCUGCGCCACUUCGUGGCUGCGUUUGACGCCAGCCAAGUAAUUUCUAAGUCUGUGCAGCUUCGUAUCACAUCGGAUGUAGUAGUGGACGAAGCUACAGGCGAGAAGAUUUUUCUUAUCCAAAAGAAGCACUACUCGCUACACCGCCAACGCACGCUGCUGGAUGCACGAAAUGGGUUACCCGUGGCCAUGCUGCGCCUGAGUAUGUUUAAUAAAACUCCGACUUACAGUGCCUAUCCAAGGACGGAAUACGAGGAGACGCCUUGUGUAUUUAAAUUUACGGCUGAUGACACAAUUGUGCGCUCUGAGUUCACUGAUCUCGUCGGUGGCCAACACUGCACUAUUGGUUGUGACCGACCUCCAAAUAGCAGCGAGGAGCUCACCUUUUGGCUUGUGCGCGGCUCUGGUGACACGGCUGACGAACAGCAGACCAUCGCCCGGCUAUCCUUUUCAAAGGCUGAGGAGAAUCAAAGCAUCACAGUAGAAGUGGCUCCUGGUGUGGACCGGAUGAUGAUGGUCCUUAUCUGCAUCGGUCUGCUCGACGAGAGCCAUGACGAGGAAUAA